AGCCUCAAGUCUAACAUUCACGUAGAUAUCGUAGCAGCACAUCCCACUGUGUCUUAAUGGACCCAGAUAUCGCCCAAAUUCAAACCUCAGAGGCCCCUGAGCCUUCGGUGGAAGCGUCCGCAGCCCCUCCUCCAAAAAAACGCGCCAAGACCGCGAACAUAGCUCAAAUUCAAGGUGCUCUCAAGCGACGAGGGAAAAAGAAAUCCCUCAGCCUGCUCACAGACAUGCCUUUAGACGUGAUCUUUGAGAUAUUCAGUAAUUUGCUGCCGGGAGACCUCAUCGCCCUUUCCAGAAGCAACAAAGCCUUCCGCACGCUGCUCUUUCAUCGGUCUUCUAUUACUGUCUGGCGAUCGGCUCGCAAUAACGUGCCCGGCCUUCCUGACUGCCCUCCAGAGUUGAGCGAACCAGCGUAUGCUAAUCUACUCUUCACUACCAACUGCCACUACUGCGGCAGGCAAGGAACCCAAAUUAUUGAGUGGCUUUUGUUGACCCGGUGUUGCAAGAGCUGUCGCGAAAAUCCUGCCUUUUUCUUUGAUGCCACUAAUCACCCGAACGAUCAUAAACGAGACUGGCUAAGAUCAUACCUCCCAUCGAUAACUAGGGGCAGAAAUACUUACGUACGAAUGAGCGACCUGGCUCCCUUCCUAGAGCAAUGGGAGACUCAGGGAAACGAUAAUGGAGGAAUAGAUCAUCUUCUGAAACGGUCCAAAGAGAAGACGAAGCUUCUGAAGCAGAGGCUUCUGCCCCAUCAGCUAUGGGACGAGCAAAGGAAUCGUAAUCGCGAACUGGAGCUGGAUGCAAUCCGCAAGCAGCGACGUCGCGCCGUGUGGGAUAAGCUGUCAGAAACUGGUCUGGGCGACGAGAAAGCCUUCCUCAACAGUUCUCAGAAAGACUUCCUAAGAAAUAUGGAAGGUAUGAAAGAGCCUACCCCUCUUACAGAACGGAAUUGGUUGAAGAUCAAAGAUCCCAUUAUCAGCUGGGUACAGAGGGCGCGUAGGGAACGGAUACGAGAGCAACGAUCGGCUCCGUAUACCACCGCUAUCAAUGCUAUACGCCCCCUUCUCGACGCUUAUGGGCGUACCCGCCCGCUGACGGACUGUUUCCCGACUACCAUGGAUUUUUGCUGCAUCCCGCAAGCCCGGGCGUAUAUCGAUGAACUCGUUACCUCUGGUGCUGCACUUGACGCCGCGCACUUCACAGGUCUCAUCCCCAUUGCCAUUCAGCAGUGGCACAACGACGCCUCGCAGCAUCUUUAUCCGCUCCUGCCUCCUUGGCUCAUUGGCACGCGCCACCCGGAUGUGCUGCGCUCCGCAUUAGUCUGGUUCCACUGUGCGAGCAAAGGAUCAUAUCCCCUGCCAUGCAACGACACGACGAUAGGAUAUCCGCGCAUACUCGUGCAUACACACACGCGACACGAGCGGCGGCGCGUGGACGAGCCCCAGAGCCCCGACGACGACCUCGCAAACGCGGUCUGCGACAUCUACCUGUGCAGCUCAUAUAUGUUAGACCCCGCGCAGCUCAAGGCGAACAUUACGUUCGACCUGCACGCGAGCUUUGCUGCGGCGGAGAUCGUGCAACUGUGCGGGCUCGAUCCCUCCACGGCAUCAGCGGAAGAGAUGGACGAGCUUGACGCGCGCAUCGCAUGUGUGCCAUGCAAGGAGAUCAUAACCUGGCGUAAAGCGGUCUCCCACGUCUAUAAACCCUGUCAUGCAGGCCAGCGCGAAUGGGUCCUGCUCGACGACGCGGAUUGCGCGGCGCUCAAGAAACUCGAGGCAAAGGACAGGCCGAAGACAACGACGGGUACGUUCUGGUGCAUGCGCUGCCGCCGGUUCGAUCGCGCGAUGUGCAACUUUUUCUUCUCGCACAAAGGCCUCAAGGCACUUAAGGCGCAUAUGGAAAGGGCACAUGGUGUGGUACAGUUUAGGCCCAAAUAUGGUGUGGACUACUAUGUCCCUGAUGGCGAGCCGACGAACGACAACGAACGCCCGCUUCCCGUCAUGUAUAAGGAACUGGACUUUAAAGUGUCUACGCCUGAGCUAAUUGCUCUCGGGUGGUAAGCAGAGUUCGCGUAGUGAUUAUGGUCUCUAUACUCUAGUGCUCGGAUGGUGUAGCUUACACCGUCAUGCAGACUUCUUGUUACUAGGCUCCUUAUUAGAGUACAUGUAUCAGUUAACUGCGUACAGUAUAAGUAUAUAUCCAGACAAAGCAUCUGCGAAUCCCUUUGAGGCUGCGCCUAGUCCAUUUAUCGAUGCAUCAGAGCUUGUAAAAUACCAGAACCAACGCGUUGUCUCGCAACCCCGAGUGAACGAGCUGCAGUGGUCGUCAGGAUU